AUGGAUGCUCAGGUUUGCCCUGCGCCUUUCUUUAGGCUUCUGAACCUCCGCAAGCUGGGUCUGAGUGACAAUGAAAUCCAGAGACUUCCCCCUGAGGUUGCCAACUUCAUGCAACUGGUGGAACUGGACAUCUCCCGUAACGACAUUCCGGAAAUUCCUGAAAGCAUCAAAUUCUGCAAAUCCUUGGAAAUUGCAGACUUCAGUGGGAAUCCUCUCUCCAGGCUUCCAGAGGGCUUCACACAGCUUCGGAGCCUGGGCCAUUUGGCCUUGAAUGAUGUGUCCCUGCAGAGCCUCCCCAAUGACAUUGGGAAUUUGGCAAACCUGGUGACUUUGGAGCUACGUGAGAACCUGCUAAAGACUCUCCCCACUUCGCUCUCCUUCCUUGUCAAGUUAGAACAGUUGGAUCUUGGUGGCAAUGACCUGGAAGUACUGCCAGAUACUCUGGGAGCACUACCAAACCUGCGUGAGCUUUGGUUGGACCGGAACCAGCUCUCAGCCCUGCCUCCAGAGCUGGGCAAUCUCCGCCGCUUGGUCUGUCUGGAUGUGUCAGAGAACAAGCUGGAGCAGUUGCCCAACGAGGUCAGUGGGCUAGUAGCACUGACGGACUUGCUCCUGUCACAGAACCUGUUGGAAUGCAUUCCAGAUGGGAUUGGUCAGCUGAAGCAGCUCUCCAUCCUCAAGGUGGACCAGAAUCGGCUGACAGAGGUGACAGAGUCAAUUGGCGACUGUGAAAAUCUGUCAGAACUCAUCUUGACGGAGAACAUGCUGACAGCUUUACCAAAGUCCCUUGGCAAGCUGGCCAAGCUGACGAACCUGAACGUGGAUCGGAACCGGCUAACAUCCCUUCCAGCUGAGAUUGGAGGCUGUGCCAAUCUGAACGUGCUGUCCUUGCGAGACAAUCGCCUGGCCCUCCUGCCACCAGAGCUUGCCAACACAACUGAGCUUCACGUCCUGGAUGUGGCUGGGAACAGACUGCAGAACUUGCCGUUUGCUUUGACAAAUCUUAACCUGAAAGCCCUGUGGCUGGCAGAAAAUCAGUCCCAGCCCAUGCUGAAAUUUCAAACAGAGGAUGAUGAAAAGACAGGAGAAAAAGUUCUCACUUGUUACCUGCUUCCCCAGCAGCCCUCUCCUAGUCUAGAGAAUCUUUUGCAGAACAGUGUGGAUGAGAGCUGGACGGACACCAAUUUAAACAGAGUCAGUGUGAUUCAGUUCCUGGAUGAACCCAAAGUAGAUGACGAAGAGGAGUCUGGAGCUGAGAGACGGGGCUUACAGCGCAGAGCAACCCCUCAUCCCAGUGAACUGAAGGUUAUGAAGAAAGUGAUUGAAGUUCGGCGCAAUGAGGUAUAUGCUGCAAAGCCUGACACGGACCUGAAUUCUCCUAACUCAGAAGAGAAGAGGCUGAGCGCCAUGUCAAAUCGCAGUGAGGACUCCCACCUUUCCAACAGCACUGCCUCUGCUGACUUUAGGGGAGAGGAGCAGGGAGAGGAGGGAGAGAGGAGCUGGCCAAAUGGGCAGCAUAAGGAAGCUGCUGACCAAGAGGAGGAAGAUGUGGAACCCACUGUACACUUUGCUGAGGACACACUAAUACGGAGUGAGGAUGAGGAUGAAGAUGAAGAGCGGCCAUUCCCAGUGGAGAAACAGAGGCUUAUCCGCAAGGACACGCCCCAUUAUAAGAAACACUUUAAGAUAACUAAACUGCCCAAGCCAGAGGCAGUGGUGGCACUCCUGCAGGGGCUGAACAGUGAUGGAGUCCCCAAAGAGGAAGAGGAGUUAGGAGGCUGCAAUAACAACACAGAGCCCGAAGAUCAGGAGGACGCGUGGGAUGAGGAUGACAGAAAGAAUGGAGCUUUAUCUGCUCAGCCAUCAGUGAAGGGGGUGUCGUUUGAUCAAGCCAAUAAUCUGCUGAUUGAACCUGCUCGCAUUGAGGAGGAAGAGUUGACACUGACUAUCGUGCGGCAGACGGGGGGGCUGGGCAUCAGCAUCGCAGGGGGCAAGGGCUCCACCCCCUAUAAGGGUGAUGAUGAGGGCAUCUUUAUUUCCCGCGUGUCAGAAGAGGGUCCCGCAGCUCGUGCAGGGGUUCGUGUUGGGGACAAGCUUCUGGAGGUGAACGGCGUGUCCCUGCACUGUGCUGAGCAUCACGUGGCAGUGGAAGCUCUGCGUGGAUCAGGAAGCUCCGUCUCCAUGACAGUUCUGCGGGAACGGAUGGUGGAGCCGGAGAACGCCAUCACUGUCACACCGCUGCGCCCUGAGGAUGACUACAGCCCUCGUGAGAGGCGAGGUGGUCUACGCUUCCCAGAGCGACCUGAGGGGGCACCUCCCACAGAAAGAUAUUCCACCUGCCUUAUGCGCAAUGAGAAGGGCCUGGGCUUCAGCAUUGCUGGUGGCAAAGGCUCCACACCCUACCGAGCCGGUGACACGGGAAUCUUUAUCUCACGGAUUGCAGAGGGUGGUGCAGCCCAUCGGGACGGGAUCCUUCGUGUAGGAGAUCGGGUCAUCUCGAUCAAUGGGGUAGACAUGACAGAAGCCAGGCAUGAUCAGGCAGUAGCGCUGCUUACCGCAUCCUCCCCCACCAUCGUGCUGCUGGUAGAGAGAGAGGGUGCAGAGCAGCUCAGCGAGGGAGACUCACCAGGCGUGCCACGAGUGCGCAUGCACUCCCCACCACCACCUCCCAGCCAUGGGGAGAGCCCACCAGAGGAGACACCUUCGCUGCAAAAGAACCGUCUGUCUAAAGGCCUGGAGGAUCAAUAUCCCAUUGAGGAAAUUCACCUUGUAAAAGCAGGUGGUCCCCUGGGACUCAGCAUCGUAGGAGGCAGUGACCAUUCAAGCCAUCCAUUUGGGAUUCAUGAACCAGGUGUCUUCAUUUCAAAGGUCAUUCCCCGUGGACUGGCAUCUCGCAGUGGGCUGCGUGUAGGGGACAGGAUCCUGGAGGUCAAUAGUAUUGACCUGCGCCAUGCCACCCACCAAGAAGCAGUGAAUGCCCUGCUCUCCAACACCCAGGAGUUGACCAUGUUAGUAAGGCGAGAUCCGCCACCACCUGGUAUGCAGGAAAUAUGCAUUGAAAAGGCUCCAGGAGAAAAGCUGGGCAUCAGUAUCCGGGGUGGAGCAAAAGGUCAUGCUGGAAAUCCAUUUGAUCCCACUGAUGAAGGCAUCUUCAUUUCUAAGGUGAGCUCCUCUGGGGCUGCAGCCCGGGAUGGCCGUCUGAAGGUGGGAAUGCGGAUCCUGGAAGUGAAUCAUCAGAGUUUGCUGGGAAUGACACAUACAGAAGCAGUACAGAUACUCCGAAGUGUGGGUGAUGCGCUCCUAGUGCUAGUGUGUGAUGGCUUUGAUCCCAAGGCUGCAGCUGCCAUUGAGAUGUCCCCAGGAAUUAUUGCAAACCCUUUUGCUGCUGGUAUUGGGCGCAAGAAUAGCCUGGAAAGUAUCUCUUCUAUUGACCGGGAUUUAAGCCCUGAAGAACUGGAGAUCCUACAGAAGGAGAUGGAAAUGGUGAGAGAAGCAACUCAGUGGGAGAGAGAAGAAAUGGAGAAAGUGAAUAUCACCAGUGAGCCUUUGAGACUGGACUAUCGGACCCUGGCUGCUUUGCCCAGCAGUGGCUUACAGAGAGUCAAUCGCACUCUUGUUCAGUAUAAUAAGGCCAGCUCCAGAAUGGAGGGCGACUGCGCUAUGCUGUCUCUGCCAGUGGCACAGGACAGCCGAGAUUCAUACCCAGAAACAGCUGCAGGCCCGGUCAUCGGAAGUGUGGCUGGCCUUCCUCAGGACCCUGCAUCACCUGGCAAGUGCACGAGCGGGGCAGAAAAGCCCCAGCUAGACAACCAGGAUCCCACAGGUUGCCCCUUGUCCCAGGACCAGAUGCCAAAGACGCCAGAGCAAGAGUGUAUGAUCGACUCUCAGCCGAUCCUCUUCAGUGAGAACCCCUUUGUGGUGGCUAACCGCAAGGGGAAGGCAGCAGGCAAGGCUUGCCUGGGGGGCCCGCCCCUGGGCUAUGGCAGGGGGGGAGUGCUGAAGACCAACCUUUACUCCAAGGCUCCUGCGGGCGAGUCUGGGACAGGAAAUUCCAGGCGUGAAACCCCCUAUUCUCCUAGUAAUCAGCAGGCUUCCAUUAACUUCAUUACAUCGCAGGAUGACAGUAAAUCACAAAAGCCACCUUCACCACCCUCUCCUGAUGAGAUCCCCAUCAAUGUCAAGCAAGCAUACAAGACCUUUGCAGCAGUGCCUUUGUCACACCCUCUGCUCGAGACACAGGUGGCCACGCACAGCCCCAGCGGACUGCACAGCCCUGAGCAGAGAUCCUUCCGGGAGAGGCAGAAGUAUUUCGAAAUUGAGGUGAAGCAACAGCAGAUGGAUAAGCCUCCCAAGCGUGUCUCCUUGGUAGGAGAGGAUGACCUGAAGAAAAUGAAAGAGGAGGAAGCUCGAAAACUGCAGCAGAAACGUACCCUUCUGUUGGAGGAAGAGGCAGAAGAGGAUGAGAUGGUAAAACAGGUGCCUGAGAUGAGCAUGCAGUCCAGUGUCAUCAUUGAAGGAGUUGAGUACAAGAUUGAGAGACUAAAUGGAAGGAGCAUCCAGGCUCCAGCAACUCGGACCUCUGAGGUCAAUGAGAACAGCAGCUCACAGAGGAAUUCACUGGAAGAGGGAAUCAAGCCUGAACAAAGAACAAACUCUAUGUCUGGGUUGAGUCCAUUAUAUCUUGGAGCAGGGGAUCCAGUGGCACCUGUGCGGACAGCCAAAGCUGAACGGCGGCACCAGGAGCGAUUGCGAAUGCAGAGUCCUGAGCUUCUGAGUGGUCAAGAGAAGGAGCUUUCUCCAGCAGAACGUCGUGCUCUGGAGGCAGAGAAACGAGCAAUGUGGAGGGCAGCACGGAUGAAAUCACUUGAACAGGAUGCUCUUAAAGCCCAAAUGGUUAUUGCCAAGUCCAAGGAGGGGAAAAAACGCAGCACGCUGGAGCAGCUGGCAGAGUCACCUUCACCUGUUCCUACCCCAUCACCAACACCACUGGAAGAUUGCAGUCCCAGAAACGUCACUUCACCGGGAAGGCUGUCCAUGUCUGAAAAGAAGUUUGACUACCGGGAAUUUGCUGCUAUUCCUUCCUCCAAACCUGUUUACGAAAUCCAGUCACCUGAUGCAGCUGAUGACCUCAGAUACAUAGAUGACAGAAAUAACUCAGUUCCCCAGGAGCAGGAUGGGCAGCCAGAGGAAGAGGAAAUGUUAGUAACACGUGACUCAUCAACACCUACUUCAUCAGCACUUGAAGAAAUGGCCCUGUACAGCAGCAAGCGCAAACUCCGACACAGCCGGCGCAGUUUGGAGGCUGCUGUCCCUACGUAGAAGAUCUGAUGCACCUGGGCAAUGGAAUAGCCCAGCACAGGGCUUUUGAGCUUCCUGUGCUCCAGGGACAGCACUGGACUGCCCA